CUCUACUGGGCCUUCCAGCACACUACAACGCAGCAAGGGGAUAAAAAGAACGUACACACAGCCUGUAUGCUAACUUUAAAUAUUCAACAUACACCUUAUUUUGCUUAACUACCUUCCAGAAAUCGUAAGAUCUGUAGUAUCAGCUGUCAGAGCCGCUACCUCAAGACAAAUAACUCCAAGAACCUAGUGACAACAACUUCAAUGACAGCUGAAGUACAGAAGAGGCUCCACAGAGCGAGAUUAAGUAAGCCAGGACUCUUCAGUGUGGGAUUUUUUUUAGUGUGGAGAUGAUGCCACUAUGUAGAAAUGCAUAUAAUGUAUAGGAAGCAAGCAGAGAAUGAACACUAUUUAGUACAGAAACACACUUCAGAGGCAUACAGUGAGAUCAUUGGUAGGUUUAAAGAAAUAGAAACUUGAACGUUUUUGGAGACCAGAAGUAUCAGAAUUCAUUGCCACAGUACACAGUAUGCAUUGAAAACCAAAAGAUUAUUUUAGGUGAUUUUUCACCUCAAAGAAACUCAUAACAGAAGUUUCCAAAUAAUACUCUGAGCUAUCUCUACAAGUACCCCAAACAAAAUCAAAAAUCGUGGUUCAUCAAGGAGAAUAAACACUCACUGCACCUAGUUUAUUGAAACUGGUCAUGAAUUGUGUACUGGCUGCUCAAUACUGAGUGAAACUGUUUCAGUACAGCCUACAUGGCAGUGUGUUCAAUGCAUUUAGCUGCUUGGUUUUGCCAAAUACUGAGCAUGCCAGGAAGGUUAAAUCUGGAAACUAUUAAGAGACAGAACAUAGUAUCUACUGAACUGAAGAUUUACUUUAUUUUUGAAUUGGUGAAACAAAUGACUUUAUUCUUUUAACCAUUUUAACAUUGGAUCCUGCCUGUGGAGGAGCGAAUAACUGCAACAUUAGCUUCUGUAAAGCACUUAUGUGGAGGGAUAUUAUCAACAUGUAAUCUAAUAUUAAAAAGAGGUAUUCCAGGACAAAGUGCUUGCCAACCUCUGAUGUAAAGCAGCCAGCAUGCACACAGCCAGAGCAACAGCAAAGCUGAGUUAUUAUUUUUGCUUGAUUUUCAUAUGAUGAAUACUCCCAUAUAAACCUGGGCUGUUUUAAAAGUCGAAUGAACUAAACUGCAUAUAUAAAUACCAAUGCUAUGCUCUAUACUUAAAGACAUUUUUUCUAUCUACAAACAUAUCUUCAGACAUUUCAUUUUCUACACUUUUCAGCAACAACAGUAUUAAAAUCAUUACUUUAAUAGUAUCCAGAUACCAUUAACUACAUUAAAUAACUACUUUAGAAUUUUCUCAUAAAGAAGUGUGAUAAAUUAUUUUUUAAAAAGCCUCAAAAAAACCCACCACAGGCCUUAGAACAUAUUUACCUUUGGUCUGUAUUUAUUCUCUUUUGAAGUCAUGAUCCAGCCUAAUUUAUUUAAACCUCAUUAAACCCACGGAAAGCUGUGACUAUAAGCACGCCUCGCCAAAAUAACCCAAAUAGCUGUAUCUUUAUCUACAUUAUGUAAGGACCCUACAGUUUCAGCUGAUUUAAAAUACUUCAAGGAUUAACAGCAAAUCAAAGGUUAAACUGGGCCUCAAACUAUUUGAGCUUGGACAGUUUGAGGGAUUUCAGUGCUUAUUUGCAGUGUCAGAGUGCUGUAUGUUGGCAGCAGCAGGCCAGCUAGCGCUCAUAUGACAUGCUGGCUUCUCCAUCAGCCACAGCGCAGAUUAAUAUUUCACAGAAUCACAUAGUUGUAUGGAUUGGAAGGAACUUCUGGGGAUAACCACCUAGCCCAAUCCCUGUGCCAAAAGCAGGUUUCCUAUGGUGGCUCACACAGGAAAACAUCUCUAGGCAGAUUCUGAAUAUCUUCAGAGGAUAUUCCACAACCCCUCUGUGCAGCUUGUUCCAGGGCACCAUCACUCUUAUGAUAAAGUCCUUCCUUAUGUUUGUAUGGAACUUUCUGUGCUGCAGAUUUUUUUUUGUUGUUUCUUGUUCUGUUGCCGCAUACCACUGAAAAGAGCCUGGCUGCAUCCACUUGACUCCUACACUUUACAUAUUUACAAACAGUAAUGAGAUCCCUCAGCCUUCUCCAGGCUGAACAGUCCCAGUUCUCUCAGCCUUUCCUCAUGCAGGAGAUGCUGCAGGACCCUUACAUCUUUGUGGUGCUCUGCAGGUCUCUCUCUAGAAGCUCCCUGUCUUUCUUGAACUGGAGAGCCCAGAAACGGACAGAACACUCCAGAUGUGGUCUCGCUGGGGCAGAGAGGGAGGAUCACCCUUCUCGACCUAGUGGUUGUGUUCUUUUUAAUGCACCAGGAUCCCAUUGGCCUUCUUGGCCACAAGGGCACGCUGCUGGCUCAUGGCCAACCUGCUGUCCACCAGGACACCUAGAUCUCUCUCCAGCAGGUCAGCCCCUCCUCUCCAGAACCUGCUCCUCUCCAGCAGGUCAGCCCCUCACCUGUACUGAUGUGUGUGGUUAUUCCUCCCCAGGUGCAGGCCCCUACACUUGCCCUCACUGAAGCUCAUCAGUUUCUUCUCUGCCCAACUCACCAGUUACAUUUCUGCUACCUUUCUGUAAGUGAGAAGUUUACCGCACUUUCAGACUUCAGAAGGCAAGAAGAAAUGAUGGCAGAAGAUUUAGAAAAGUUUAUUGAAGAUCAGAAGGCCAAGUUGGCACAAGAUAAGGCAGAGCUUGAAAAUGAUCCACCUUACAUGGAAAUAAGGAAUAAGGAAUCAGAGAAGCUUUCUGAGACUGGCAAAAUGUUCAUCUCCAUGUCUAAAGAAAACAUACCUCCAAACAGUCAACAGAACUGUCCUUUAGGUGACUACGGCUGGAGUUUACCUCUCGGAGAAGAAUAUGAACGAAAGAAGCAUAAACUGAAAGAGGAACUUCGACAAGAUUAUAGGCGGUAUCUCUCUCAGGGUAUUUCGCAGGCAAAAAGAAAGAAAAAUUACCUGACUACAGGUGAAGUAGAUCCUUAUACUCAGGGAUUAUCUCUUCCUAUUGAUGAGCGAAGGUCUGCCAAGGAGAAACUACGUCUUGAAAGAAACAAGGACUACAAUCAGUAUCUCAGGGAUAAAGAAGAAUGGAAUGAAAAGCUAAGGAAAUUAGCAAAGAAAAGCACAGAGCAUCAGAUGGACAGGAAUAAAAAAGCUAUUGCUGUUACCAGGCUCCAACCUGAGUUCCAUCCAGAUGUAGAGUCCCGUACUGCAGCUGCAGAACCUCUCAGGAAAGAUGCCUUUACUUCCACAGAAGGUUAUGAAGAGCUGCUGAAUAAGCGACGGCUGGAAGAAGACAGGUACCAUAGGCUAGAUGAUGAAAUUGAAUUAAGAAGUCGACUAUUAAAUAAAAGACUUGAUGAAGAUUUGGAUGUUCCUGGUAGAAGACAUCGGGGAUUUGCGAGCCAAUCUCUAAUUCCUAUUAGAAGGUAUCACAGACUUGAUGAGGAUCGUGACUUUGAUCGAAGGUACUACAGAACGGACUAUGAUCCUGAGAUAAGUGAAGAACUAGAUCCUAGAUUUAGAUGUGAAAGUGCUUAUGAGAGAAAACCUCCCCGGCUUUAUUAUUCUGAAAGGCCCGAUCUGGAUGGAAUAGUAAGAGAUCUUCCUGCAGAUUAUGAAGACGAAUUAAAGGAGAGAUCACACGUGCAGCGGAUCUCGCGAACUGGAAAUUUUAGAAAUCAGGCACGGAUUAGUUCUUUAGCUAAUGAACCUGCCAAAUCUGCUCCUGAAAUGACAUAUGCUACUGGCCUCAUUCUUGGUGAUCAAGACCUAGAACUUCUCCAAAGGAAAAAGGAGAAAUACAGGCAAGAAUUAAUUGAACAGAUGGCUGAACAACAGCGAAAUAAGAGGCGUGAGAAGGAACUUGAGCUCUCAGUUGCUGCUUCUGGGGCUAUAGACCCAGAAAAGAAGCCGAAUAGAUUGAAGCAGUUUGGUUUGACAGCAAGAACUUCUGAAGAGAAAUUGCCACCUGAAAGGCCCAGGGUUGCUUUCCAAACUCCAGUGUCCAUGCCUUCUGUCUCUCCAGGGAAUGAAGACUUUCACAGAGGGCUAGCCAGCGCUCUUGGUGAAAUGGCAGCUCCCAGGCUCGCCCCUAUGCCGCCACCUCCACCACCAGUUUUGACAGACAACUAUAGAACACCUUACGAUGAUGCGUAUUACUUCUAUGGAGCAAGGAAUCCUUUGGAUCCCAAUCUUGCAUAUUAUGGCACAGGUAUGAUGGGAAUGCAACCCACACCUAACCUGGAUCCUCCUUUAGCCCAAGCCCCAGUAGAGCCAUCUGUAAGUAACGUUGGACAGAGGAGUACAGGAGACAGACGAAGAAGCAUAGGAGUAUUUUCUGAAGAAAAGUCAAAGCCUUCCAAAGAGGCAACGUUGUCUUAUCAGCAAGAAUUGCAGCAGCAGAUAAGGGAGAGAGAGGAAAGACGCAGACAAGAGAAAGAAGAGAAAGAACGUUACGAAGCCAAGUUAGAAGCAGAAAUGAGGAAUUACAACCCCUGGGGAAAAGGUGGUGGUGGAGCUCCUCUCAGAGAUGCAAAAGGAAAUCUGAUAACUGACUUGAACAUGAUGCACAAGCAAAAUGAAGAUGCGUAUCAUAAUCCAGAGGCGAGAUUAUACGAAGAUAAAAGGGCUAUUGUAUCUGUUGACCUAAGUUUGGCCUCACCAAGACCUGAGAACGCAGAAGCAUCUACAAAUAAAAUAGCAGGUUUUGCAUUUGCACAGACUUCUCCUUUUGCUCGGGGCAAUGUGUUUGGUGAGCCGCCAUCUCCACAACAACUGAAGCGACAAGAGUCAUACAAAAACUUUCUUCGUCUACAGAUUGAUGAAAAGAGACGUAGGGAAGAAGCAGAGCGAGAAAAACUUAGACUGGAAGAAGAAAAAGAAGAGAAACGACUAGCUGAACAGAGGAGGAGAAUUCAAAAAGCAUAUGAAGAUGAACAAGAAGAGAAAAGAAGGAAAGAGGAGGAGCAAAGGUUAAAAAACAGAGAAAUUAUUCGAUUAGAUGAAGAAAGACAAAAAGAGGCAGAAAAAAGAAGGAAAGAAAAAGAAGAAAAGCGAGAUGAACAACUUAAACAGUAUUUUGAGAAGGAAAAAGAUGCCAAGAUAGAAGAGGAAAAGAAAAUGUUCUCGAGGAAACCUUCUCCUGUCAUUCCUGCUCUUCAGAACAAGUCAAUAAGAAAAGAAGAGAGGAUUCCAUCAGCUGAAAGCCAUAUAUCUUACUACUCACAAGAUCCUCCACAACCCAGAGCUCCUUCUCCACCUGUCCCAGCUAGAAGAAAUCAGUUGCGAGCACUUGAAGAAAGAAAGAAUGUGAUAAAUGAAUUAUCAGAGAUGAGGAAACAGCUUCGUAGUGAAGAGAGGCGACUGCAGGAACAGUUGCUAAAUGUGGCUAGUGAUGAUGAUGGACCCAUUACACGUGGGAGGAGAGAGAAGAAUCCAAAGGACAUAUUUGAGAUGGCCAGGCUGCGUCUGCAGGCUCCGGUGAGGCGGCCUUCAUCAAAGGAUGCACAAGAUCCUGUCAACAUGCAGAACAUCUGGGAUUUUAAUGAACUUAAAUACAAAGAUUCUGAAACACGUGUAGGCUUAAGGCAAAUGUAUCCUGAUCCUCCAAAAGAUGACCAGACUCUAGAAAUUCAACAGCAGGCUCUGUUGAGAGAGCAGCAGAAGAAACUUGACAGAAUGAGAAUGAGGAGAGAAGCAGAAGAUGAUUCUCCUUCUGCCUACAACCCACAAACCAUGGGACUGUUCAGGAAUGACUCCCAUGAAUCCUUGAAAAAUUCGCUGUUGGAAUCUGACAGUGCUUUUAUUGGUGCUAAUGGAGAAACUUUUUCUGCCUUAGAAGAAAUUGACUUAUCAUCACAGCUUCCACUUUCUGCAAGGGAGAGGAGACGAAUAAAGAAGAAAGCACUGGAGUGCGCUGAAUAUGUCCCACCAGCCCUGACACCGCUGCUGCAGCCUGACAGUGUGUCUUUGCACUCCGACUUCAGCCUGGAUGUUGAUCAGAUGAAAGGCAAAAACGAAGAACGAGUGCGCAGGCUGACCGAGCUCCAGCAGAGAUCUGCUCACUUAGGUGAGGAUGUUGCCCUAGGAGAAGCAGAUGACUUGCUGAAGCCUCCUCCAUCCAAGGACAGCCGCCCGCCCAGUUCUGUUGACUCCAUUGCCACAGAGCCCUGGCUGCGGCCGGGAACGGCAGCGACGCUCCGCAGGUUCCUGACGGAGCAGCAGAGCCCAGCAAAGCUGUCUCCUGAGGGCACGCUGCCGCUGGGCUGGCAGGGCCUCUCCACUGCACACGGCUGAGCACAGCCUGAAUGGAACCCACGUGUGCCUUGCAGCAAGGGAAGGGAGCGUCCUGUUCGGCACUACUGCACUUUUAGAGUCUCUCAUAGGGAUAGCUGUACUCGAUGUGAAUAGCGUGGAGCUCUGUGUGCAAUUACAAGUAGCAAUAAUGAAGAAAUGGAAGCUGCAGUGCAGUGGGGAUUCUGUACUACAGGGUGGUGGAAGUGGGGCAGUGAAGUAUUUUGGCAUUUUUUGCACUUUUUAUACAAGUUAGUUUCAGCCUUAGAGGCGAAUUUGCAAGGAACAGUGUGUGUGGGAAUUUGAUAUUAAAUCAGAAUUACAUUUUACCUUUGCUCAUAGCAAAACUCCAGGACUGUUUGUUUGCAAAUAGAGGCACAACAGCAGAGAUGCAGUUUGAGCUUUUACCAAAAGGAUGAACAGCCUGGAGGAGGCCACUUCCCAGUGCUGAAUGGGGGCUGUGGUGCCGAGGAGGAGAGCAGUUGUUAUAUGGAAGAAGGUCUGUUAGCAGUAUAUCUUACCUUCCUAACUUGGUUUGUGUUGGAGUAUAUAUUUAUGUUUCUGAUGCAGGUGAUAAUAAAUUAUUUUGUUACUAAAAAUCUGAAAGCAGGCUGAAGUAGCAUUAGUGCUGCAGUUGCUGUCACUUCCCUUCUCAUGAAGGAAGCGGGGUGCCAAGGCCCUCUUCAAAGCAGGAACAACCCAUGGAGCAAGAGCUGAGCAGAAGCUCUGCUCUUCAGCAGUGUCCACAGCUUUUAGCACAACCCCAUUCCCUCUUGCUUAUGGUUCCCCCCCUUGGCCCCCGCUAUGCUGUUUGCAUUCGAAUCCUGUUGGCUCUUCAAAAAGGAUCCUCCAAAUCUUUCCUAACAGCUCAGUAGGCAGUGCUCUUUUUGCUACACCCCAGAAAGUCUUAAUGUUUUAUGAGUGCAGACUACACAGAGGUCAGGCCCUUUAAUUCCUGUCAGUUGCUUUUCCCCAGCUCCUGCACUCAGCUGCUUCC